AUGGCCCAGGUCCAAGGCUACUGCGACGCCCGGUUCUCCAAGCUUCGCGACUUGAUGCAAGAGUCAAUCACGUCCGGACAAGACAUUGGCGCCAGUCUAUGCAUUAACAUCAACGGUGACAAGAACGUGGUAGAUAUAUGGGGCGGCUACGCCGACGCAUCGACCAAGAAACCAUGGGAAAAGAAUACCAUAGUAAACGUCUUCUCGACCACGAAACUAGUCACCAACCUCGCAGCGCUCAUGCUCAUCUCGCGCGGCGUGCUUCACCCCGAGGACAAGGUGGCCCAGCACUGGCCCGAGUUCGCAGCAAACGGCAAGUCCGAGGUCACGGUCGGCCAAGUGCUGACGCACACGGCCGGCCUCAGCGCGUGGCACGACGACAUGACGCUGGAGGACGUAUGCGACGUCGAGGCGGCGACCGACAAGCUGGCGCGCCAGGCGACGCUGUGGGCUCCCGGCACCGCCAUGGGAUACCACGGCAUGACGCAGGGGUUUCUCGUCGGGGAGCUGGUGCGCAGGAAAACGGGCAUGUCCCUGGCCAAGUUCGUGACGGAGGAGAUUUGCCGGCCGCUGGGCGACGGGGCCGACUUCCAGCUCGGGUGUCGCGAGGAGGACUGGGACCGGGUGGCCCCCGUCGUGGCGCCGCCGGGACCUUCGAUCCAGGAGGUGCUGAGCCAACAGGCGGGAUAUGAGCCGGACUCGAUCGUCGUGCGCACGCUUUGCAACCCCUUGCCGAGGGCUGAGGACGCCAACGGUGAGCUCUGGCGAUCCAGCACGCUGGGCUCGGUCAACGGCCACACAAACGCCAGGGCGCUGGUCAAGAUGCUCUCCUGCUUCUCGCUCGGUGGCACGUGUGCGGAAGGAGACCAUCGCCUGCUGUCGGCCGAGACGGUGAAGCUGGCGCUGACGGAGCAUGCGAUGGGGGUGGAUCUGGUGACGGGGCGGAGCGGGAGGCGCGGGCUUGGGAUUUACCUCACCGGGCCUGGGUCGGGCAUCGUGGAAGGCAAGCUGCCGGGGGGCAGUGUUGGAUGGGGAAGCGGAUGGGGGGGUUCGAUUGUGGUUAUGGACAGCGACAGGAGGCUCACAAUCGCGUAUACCAUGAACAGGAUGCUAAACGGGGAACAUCCUUCCCCGGCAGCAUAUAUCAAAGCGGUUUAUGAGAUACUCGGAGCGACCCCAGCUGCCUAG